AUGUCGUCAUCGUCCUCGCUCAAGCCCGCGACCAUCGUCGCCAUCAGCGUGGGCACCAUCGUCACGGGUCUCGCCGCAUACGCCGUAUACUUCGACCACAAGCGGCGGACCGACCCCGAGUUCCGCAAGCAGCUGAAGAAGGAGUCGAAGCGCCAGGCGCGCGCCGCAAAGGAGGAGGCCGAGGCGCACGGCAAGGAGCAGAAGAAGGCCAUCCGCGAGGCCGUCGCGAGCGCAAACGAGGAGGGCUUCCCCAAGGACCCCGAGGAGGUCGAGGCCUACUUCAUGCAGGAGGUCGCCCAGGGCGAGGGCAUGGUGCAGUCGGGCGCAGAUCCCGUCGAGGCCGCCCUGUGCUUCUACCGCGCGCUGAAGGUCUACCCCAACCCCAGAGAGCUCAUCAACAUCUACGACAAGACCGUGCCCAAGCCCGUGCUCGACAUCCUCGCCGAGAUGAUCGCCGUCGACACCAGCAUCCCCGUGGGCAGCAAAGCGCCGUCCGAGGCCGGCUCCGUGGGCGGCAUCGAAUAA